AUGAAGCAAGUCAUUGGUCUAGUGCUUUUGGGGCUGUUGUGCAGUAAUGGUGUACUGGCGGAAAAUGGAAGCAAUACUCAAGCGGAAGCACCAUCUCAAUCGGGGCGUAUUAUCAACGGCGCCGAAGUGAACAUCGCCGGCUACAAGUUUGCAAUUAGUCUCUUCGUAGACAACAGAUACUACUGCGGUGCUAGCAUCAUCACGGCGUCGCAUGCCCUGACCGCUGCUCAUUGCGUACUAGGCAUUGCUCCUUCGCGGGUAAUUUUGUACGGAGGAAGUUCAUUCCUCAAUCGGCCAGUCGUACGAAUUACAGUUAGUAGAAUAGCUGUUCAUCCCAGCUACAACCCUUCAGUCUCUAAGAACUACGAUGCAGCUGUCAUCACGGUGCCUACGAACAGCUUCGUUGGAAAGCCAAACAUGGCACCGAUCGGACUUCAAACCGCUCAAGUGCCAACUGGCACAAGAUGCUACGUCGUUGGAUGGGGCUGGUAUGACAACAAUCUUCAAACGGCUUCAAACAGCUUACGUUACACCAACGUGCAAACCGUGUCGGACGCCUCUUGUUCGGCAACAUUCCAGCAAACAAUUAUGCCUGAUCAAAUUUGCUCCAUCAACGGCAAUAACAUUGAGGUUUGCAAAGGAGACAGCGGUAGUGCCCUUGUAUGCGGUGGUACAGUGACUGGAGUCGUGUCCUUCGGCCGUGUUCCCUGCACCAAUGCUGCACCAACUGUAUAUGCGAAGGUUAUGGGCCCCAGCGUGCGCAGCUUUAUUCGAAGCCAAGCGGGAAUCUAA